GAAGAUGACGGAUUCUGUUGUUGUGGAGGGAUAUGCCAGGCUCAGAGAUGGGAAAAAGUGGAAAACUAGGUGGCUCGUACUUCGCAAGCCGUCGCCUGUUGCAGAUUGCCUCGUGCUGCUGGUGUUUAAAGACAAAUUAGAAAAAGCCCAGGGUAACAAGGAGAGGGCGAGUGUCACCUUGGAGGAGAUCUGCGGCCUGGAAGCUGGACAGUGGUAUGAGGGCGUGGCUUUUACUCUGGCCAUCCUCUGUCUGAAUCAGGCUGCUCUGCUCGGCUUUGACAGCAAGGAGGCCCUGCAGGCGUGGGACGUCCGCCUACGGUACAGCCUCGGAGAAGUUCACAGAUUCAGUGUUGGAGUCUUACCAGGGACCAAGUUGGACAGCGGACCUGCAACUCUUCAUUUGUGCAACAACUUACUGGCUCUCGCUCGGGAAGUCCCUCCUGUCAUUAUUGGCCACUGGAACCUUCCAGAUCUGCGCAGAUAUGGACCCGUACCAAAUGGAUUUGUGUUUGAGGGAGGAACAAGAUGUGGUUACUGGGCUGGUGUUUUUCUGCUCACAUCUGCUGAGAGCGAGCAGAUCAGCUUUCUGUUCGACUGCAUUGUCCGAGGCAUCUCCCCCACCAGAGGCCCUUUUGGACUGCGGCCUGUUUUGCCAGAUCCCAAUGCCAGCCAGAUGAACUCAGAGGAGAAACUGAACUUCGAGGCCCAGGAGCUGGAGAAGCGACUGAGUAUGCUCUCUCAUGAGAGCAGCACAGUGUUGUCCACAUACUGCCUGUCUGCUGGGGCGGACAACCGCAGCAUAUCUGGUUCUUCAGACGCCUCAGACACCAGCCAGUCGGAUUGCAGUUCUGGCAGCCGACAGGCCAUUUGGACUGAACCGGCUUCCAACCCACCUGAAAAUGUCAGCCACAUGGGUUCUAAAGUGGCGCUGCAGAUUGCGGAGAAACUUUCCUCCAGCCACGCAGGCGGAACUCGGCCCGCCGCAAAGCCUCCCCGGCAGCUUCAGGAAAUUGGACGCCAGAGUUCGUCCGACAGCGGCAUCGCCACCGCCAGCCAUUCUUCAUACUCCGGUAGUUUCUCCUCCUACACAGGCAGCCUGGAUAUCACCCCCGGAGAGGACUUUGGGUCUGUUUUCAGCUUGCCUCCUCACUUGGCUCAAGACCUGAGCCCUUGCAUCUGCCUCACUGUUCCCGGACACGAGUACCAAGUGCCGACAUCGCUUCGGUAUCUCUAUGAUACUCCCAGGAGUCUGCUACAGGAAGGAAGCGUGGGUGCCAAAGACAAUGAACCCUCCACGUCAACUAAAGACACUCCGGUCCCUUCAGGCUGUUCAGCAGAGUCAGCAAGCGGGGACAAGAGCAGUGCCAUAACCACUGAGUGUCACUUAGAAAUUACUGAAAGGCAGUCAACAAGCGAACAUUUACAAAACCCUUCAGAGGAGGGUAAGAAAACCAGAGUCGCACCCUGUAGUGACUCCUCGGAUUCCUGCAGCUCUCUCACAUCUGGCCCCAAAACCAUUGUGACCAUUUGCUCAGUGUGUGGUGGAUUUAAGGGAACACCAUGCAUUCCUUCAAGUUCUUCAGUAAUCCCUGCCAUACCAGACAAAAGGCUUAGUAGUAGAGAGGAAAGACGCAGAGCUGAUCCUGCUUACGAGAUCAUGGAGAGUCGGAUGCCGGAAAGGAACUCGGAGACAGAAGAAAAAAGCAAGUACGAGCUAAUGGGCAGCUGUAGUCAGCAGAGGUUUCUUCAAGAGACUGAAGGGGCAGUGUUUGUUUUCCCCCCAGAGGCUCCACAUCCUGAAAGACCUUGGAGUGAAGGUGUGACAUAUGUGAAUAUUCCUGUAAGUCCCACGUCCAAGAAGCAGCUCAACUACAUGGAGCUGGAGCUGCAGGAGCCAGGGCAUGGCACCAGAGGGACUGCCGCACAUCUGCCAGCUCAGAGAAAGAGCUCCACCAAGUACGCCCAGAUCGACAUCACUGCCACAGAAACCGCCCACAAAGUCGGCACACAGCACGCCCUCGGCCGUCAGGAGGGCUUACACACUCUGGAGUUAAGAAGAAAGGGGACGCCGCAUUGACUUAUCCUUUACUGAAACGCUCAUCUUAUCAGAAUGUUUUUGCCCAACAAAAACCCUCCACAUCAAACUGUUAAGUUGGCAAGAGAUGUGGAUCUGAGGGGCUUACUGCGAGAUACCUUCUCUGUUCUGUUCCAUCUUGUGAUUUUCAGCCAGUUUACACUUGCUCCAGUCCUAGAAACACGUCCUCCGUCCAAUAUCUUCUGUUAUCGACAAAGCAGCUUGAAGAUGGAGCUUCCGAAAAGGUUUCGCACAGGGUCAGGACCAACGUUUAAAUUUCAGUCUGCUUUGGGAACUUGGACAUCUCAUUAAAUGGCAUUAUAUCAGCCUCGGAGCCUCAAGCGAACUUGGACGGAUAUGCGUUAGAGUUGAGUCACCGGCCCCGAUAAAACCCGAGAGCAGCGACAAUUCACAGCUCACUUCCCUGAUUACAAGCAAUAUGCUGUUUUUGUUCCCGUGUGGGAGAAGAAAGAUGGUUAUCCUCACGAGAAGUUACCGCUCAUUUAGUUCCGAGUGAAAACUUUCAGCAUAAUCAAAUUUGGGUUAACUUACCAUGCAGUCUUAAUCGGAUCAAAUUCAGCUUGACGUGUUGAAAACAUAAGAAGAUAGAAUUGUGUUUAAAAGCUGGAUAAGUGAUGGUAGCACUUCCACAUUGUGCAUGGUGACUUUUGUUAGCCUGGUUAUAACUUAUUAUCAUAUGAACACAAUCACAAAGCUGCUAAUUUUUUUUCUUUCUGCGUCACAGUUCAUUAUUAUAAAUACUGCAAAGUUCAGAAAACCUUCUCUAAAAAUCAGAAGAUUUUUGAUCACUCCAUGUUUUUUUUUCACAUUUACUGCAGUUAUUUUAAAAAAGUUUUUAUUUUGUAGAGUUACCCAUCUUAGUAGAUAAAGCUUUUGUCUAAUCACAUACGUAGGUCACACUUUAUUUUAAUUAGCUGUAAAUACAUUUUAUUUCUAUUUAGGCGAUGUGGAUUGUCAUAAGAUACACAUGUAUGUACAGUGAAGACGUAUGAAAAGAGUUCAAGGAUAGUGCUUGCUUUCUAGAGCAGUAUUUUUUUUUUCAUAUAUUUGUUCUUGUAAAUUAUUUAUAAUUGUAACUAUUACUUUGAUGUGGGCUUUUUUUUUUUUCUAGAAUUACAAUAGAUCGUAUUUGUGACUUUUUACCACGUGCACAGUUGUCAACAACUUUGGUACCAUAUUAUAUAAAGCAGCCUCACAAUUA